AUUACCAGUUUGUCGGUCGUCAAAAGAUGGUAGUAGGUUUGACUGGUGAACCAUGUCUACCUGUUUCAAAAGCUGGUUACCAAACACAAUUAAAAAUGCAUGUACAUAUAAGUGGUUUCCAGAAGAGGAAAUUAAGGUGGUGAAGAAUACAUGGAGAUGAAGUUUUUCUCUUUUUAUACCAUCGCAGUUGCACUUCUAGUUGUACCCAACUUUGGAAUGAUGCAGACAAGGGGGCAGAGCGUUUCGUGCCUAAACCAGCUUGCUCCAUGCCUAAACUACCUGAAUGGAACAAAAGAAGUGCCUCAAGUAUGCUGUAACCCUCUCAAAUCAGUAAUAAAGAACAAUCCAGAGUGCUUGUGCCGUAUGAUAAGUAACCGUGGGAGUUCACGUGCCGAGCAAGCUGGCAUCGAUGUCAACAAUGCACAAAUGUUGCCUGCUCGAUGUGGAGAACACGUCAAUCCCAUUGCCUGCUUGACUCGAUCUCGAGGAUCUACUAACUCGGACCGAAGCUCCUCCACUGGCAACUCAUUUUCACAGUCCUAUUGGAUGACAACAUUAGCUUUUUCAGCAACUCUUUUAUCAUUUAUCCUUCAAAUAAACUGAGUCUCUCAUUGUUAUAGCACUCUGUUCAUUCUUUUUAUUUGUUUGAACAAUGCUUAUGAGUUCUGAUUAUUGUUCCUCACCCACUCAUUAAUGCACCAUUUUAUGAUUUAUUCCAUAUUUAAU